UUAAUUAAACGGCAGGUGCCAGGCAUUAUCAACACCGUGCGGGGAAGUCGGCCGAAGCUUCAUUUUUCCUCGUAAAAUGAUGUAACUUACUGCAUGAGCGUAGUUUCCAGAGCCUCCGCGAGCACGCACGAUGUUGUCGAGCCCUCGUGUUUUCUCAUGGCAGCGCAGUUUCACUUGUCAAAGGCACGGCGAGAGAGAGAGAGAGAGAGAAAAAGCGGAUGCGCCUCAGACUGCUCCGAUGAGCGUCAGUAGAUUCAGUCAAUGUGCGAUCAUAUUAGAGGUGUGAGACUCAAGCUCGAGCUCGGACCGCGCAAACCUCGCAGCAGCGCUUUCAAAUGGGGAGCCGGGGGGUGGGCAGGGGGGCUGUGCCGUAAACUACAAGAAAUACGCGUCGGACCGAGACACCUAACGCUUAAAAUGUUCUCUAAAAGGACGAGGGAACUGAUAAAGACGCACUCGAUGUCAAAGAAGAGCCGAACAGGAAACAGCGCAUCGCCUCUCAACUCUCCAUCACUUUCGGCUCUUCAAGAACAGCCUCGGAAGGAUGCGGUCGAUGCAGUCACGUCUUCGUCCCAUGCUUCCUCCAGUCUGUCUCCCCCUGUCCUAGACGUCCCGUCCUCUUGUCCAGGUACCCCUUUGGCCCAGCACACUAAGCUGGUUGGCGCCCCGUCCCCGAUGGGCACCUUAAAGCGUCCGACUUCCCUGAGUCGUAAUCCGAGCGCCGCAGGCUUCCCGAUCCAGUCGUGGGUCUUCAGUAAGGGUGCGGGAAAAUCCGUCAUCGCCCAGAGUCCCUCGCCGGAGACGCCCGAGACUACAGUGGCUAUCGAGGUGGAAGACAUCCCAUCACUGUUGCGCAUAGUGGAGCGAUUCGCCAAAGCUGUGGAGAAACUGAAAGACGUUGUGCUUGAAG